AUCAUCAUCAGGAGGGAUAUACCAGAGGCUGGAAGAGUGAGGGACCUGGAGGAGCAGACUGAAUGUGCAUCUCGGCUCCCUCGUCCUCGUUCAGUCGGGACAGAGCGAUGGCUGAUAACAGCACAAAUCUCAUCCUGGAAAUACUCCAGUCCUUCAGCACCAACGAUGUGAUCCUUGCAUUCUGCCUAUCCAUGGUGGUGGGACUCCUCCUGGGCGCUUUGGUGUACGUGGUCCUUACUUGGAUGGCGCAUCGACGUGCGUCUGCCACCAUCACUAGCAUGCCGUCGCCGCGCCCCUCAGGCCGCCCCUCGUCCCCGCGCACCCGCCCUGUCUUCAGCCGCCAGCCCAGUGCCUACGACCGGCGCAGCAACAACAGCCUGGCCAGCGCCGCGUUCUCUUUCCAUCGGCAGACCUCGACUUCACCCACCGAUCACGGCGACCUGCUGGGUCGCAAAGACAGCUUCAGGGCGUCCACCUUCCACCCGCUGAUCCAGUGCAGCCAGAUCGCCCGCGAGGCCGAGGAAGGAAACCACGGCACCCUGACCAGCAACACCGGAGCCACCGGGACUAACAGCACAGCCAGUUCCAUGGUCACCCCGCCAAGGGCCAGGGCCAGACCGGACUCCUUCUGGGGUAACAGCAAUGUGAGAGGCUUCAAUGUCACACAGACCCCUCCACCGGCGUACGACAGCAUCAUACGGGCCUAUCAGGAGUCCUGCACUUGAGGAUAAAAACGCCCCCUUGUGGAGGAGGAAGUUCAUAAACCUGGAUGAUCUCUUGGUGAAUCUCUUGGGAGCAGCUUUGCACGGUCUGAAAACAAAAUUAUAAUUUUUGUUUCUGCCAUCCAGGGACAUACUGACGUCCGGAAAGAAUGAUUGUAUUGCAUGAUUCCUGGCAUUUAAACUGGACAAGAAUCUACUACAGGACAUCAGUCAGACUCCCUUCCAGACUGUGUGAAUGACUGAAAGCUAAUGACUCAGUGUGCAUGGAGUCGUUGUUAUAAAAAGUUUUCAUUCCAAGCAUAUUUUGUUGAUAUGAUUAAUAAAAAAAGACU